AUGAAGAAACAGAGUCAGUGGAUUGGACCUGGGUACAAUGAAGGAUUUUCCUGGAACAACGUUGAAAUGAUUCAGGUUUUUAAUCGGGCCAGUCCUGAUGGAUCCCUAAUUGCUAAUGGUGGCCUUCUCUGUAUUCGAGGGCUCCCCUUUGGUUGUAACAAGGAGACCAUUAGGCAUUUCUUUUCAGGGUUAGAAACAGUGCCUAGUGGAAUAAUACUUCCAGUGGACUUUCAAGGGAAGAGCACAGGGACUGCUUUGGUGCAAUUUGCUUCCCAGGAAGCAGCAGAAAUAGCUAUAAGGAAACACAAGGGAAGACCAGAGCCACGCUAUUUGGAAAACCUCAAGAAUGGUUCAGUACCCAUGCCUACUCAUUGGGGACCCUUUCGGGCAUUUGUGGUCAAGCAGAGACUGGGCCCUUAUGACAGGCAAGGUCCUGAAUUGAGGCUCAAAACCGUAAGUGGAGAAGGUUCUGAUAAGGGAAUGAGACCCAGAGUCUUUGAGAGGCUGAAUGGAAGUUACAUUUGCAAGAAUAGAUCCAAUGAUGACCCCAGCAUCGAUUUCAACAUCAGUACCAGAAGAAUACCUAAUAAUAGAUUUGGAGAUUUCAUAUUUCACAAUGCAACUUGCCACCACUGGGUACACAUGAGAGGACUGCCUUAUAAAGCAACAGUGAAUGACAUUUACCAUUUCUUUUCACCACUCUGCCCCUUGCGAGUACACAUUGAAAUUGGGGAAGAUGGGAAGGCAACUGGAGAGGCUGAUGUUGACUUUGUGACACAUGAGGACGCAGUGGCUGCUAUGGUGAAGGAGAAAACCUACAUGCAGCACAGAUACAUUGAACUUUUCUUGUACUCUACUGCAAAAGGGAGAAUGGAUGCAUUCACUAGUAAAGUGCUAAAAGCCAGGGAAAACCAGCUUAGAGGUAAUCCUUUUGAGAGGCAACAACCCAAUAUGCGAUGUAACAUAAGGAGUGGUCUUAAAAACAGCCUGGGAGGAGGAUCUAUGAGUCAAGAAAUGAUGAAUGGCCAUUGUUUCAGCAAAGGAAACAUUGUGUGUAUGAGAGUGAAGGACAUAUCCAACAUGUGUUAA